UACACGAUAACCGCGUUGACGGCAGAAAUUACUAAAGGAUUUAAACACUUUAUUUAUUCAUUUUUUAUUGUUUGUUUGUUUAUGUUUGUCUAUCUAUCUAGUGAAAGUUCCAUUUAUAUGUGGUUAUAUAUUAUUUUGUAUACUUUUAACUAUGCUUCAACUUGUGUGACUGAGGCAGAGCUCCGUAAAGUCGCGUGCGCCAUCCCUCCCUCCUCCUCGUGCCUCUUUCUCUCCCGCAGCUCAGGAGAGUGAUUUUCAUGGCGCAGCGCCUCCCGAAAUAGCAGCGCAACGAAGCCUUGCAGGCAAAAAAUGGCACGUGUUGUUUCCCCAAUAACUCGACAAGUAACCAAAGAAAAGUUGGAGCUUGGGAACCCUUCUGUCGAUAUUUGCCUGGAGAGCGUCGAGGAUUGUUUAAUAUAUGACCGCCGUGGAGUCGGUUUUCCGUUCAGGAACUUGUACCAGGGCAGGAAGUCGGUGCUCAUUUUCGUGCGGAAUUUCUUGUGCUACAGCUGUAAAGAAUAUGUGGAGGAUUUGAGCAAAAUACCAAAAGAAGCGCUGGAGGAGGCUGGAAUUAGAUUAGUUGUGAUUGGUCAGUCUGAUCAUCGACAUAUAGAGCCGUUCUGCUCACUAACAGGUUAUCCUUAUGAAAUAUAUGUAGACCCACAGAGAUGCAUUUAUCAAAAGCUUGGGAUGAAGAGAGGGGAGAAUUUCACAGACUCUGCGAGUCCUAGUCCCCAUGUGAAAUCUGGGACCUUCGUGGGCCAGAUGAAAAGCAUAUGGAGAGCCAUGCGCAGCCCUGCGUUUGACUUUCAGGGUGACCUACAUCAGCAAGGCGGAGCCAUCAUUGCAGGACCAGGCUCUCAGGUUCAUUUUACACACCUUGACACAAACCGUCUGGACCACAUGCCCAUUGACUGGCUGCUGCAGCUUGCCGGACUUCGGCAGCAUGUGGACUUCAGUGACAAACCAAAGAUCAUCCACGUGUAGCUGCCUGACUGCAAGCGUACCUGCCUCUCACAAAGACACUGUGCAUCCUCUGCAACAAGAACAUUUGUCAGUAACAAGUAUCUAUGUCCCAGUAUUUUUGAGCUCUUGGUUUCCAUUUCAGUAAACUGUACACUAUUUCAGGUAGCACCUUGAAUAGCUUAAAUAGGUCAAAAACAUUCAUUUUAUUUUUGAAGUUCAUGUAUCUUUGCUUUGCAAAAACCAACUCAAUGUGCCUUAGCUUUUUUUACAUGCAAAACUAAGUGAACUUGCUCUGAGAAAAUUGAAUGUUCAAGAGGGUCACACAUGUAUUUGUUUGUUUGUCUUCUGCUAUUUGCACCUUCCCUUCUCAAAGUCAUUAUCGUGUUGUGUAAUUCUAUGCAAAUAUUUAAAAAAGGAUAGUCAGAACAUAACUGCAGAGCUAGUUAGGAUUUGACAGCUGCCGCACAGAUGUUAGUUAUUGGGCUGAAAUUAGCCUAAGUGAUAAUUAAGUUAAUAAGUAAAUAAAGUCUAAUUGCAUUCCCACA